AUGUCUUAUUACAGCUAUAACCACCAUCAACCAACAGCACCUGCUCCUUCGGUUUCCCACAAUCACCAUGGCGGUCGAAACCGGAGAGCACCGAGGCUAUCCGUCUCUCAAAACUCCCAAAAGCAAUUUCGCGGCGUAAGGAGCAUGAAGGAGCUGAGCGAAUCCGUCUCCGUAAAUGCCUUCCGUUCACAAUUCGAAGCCAGCCGCUCUUUCGAUCUCGAGGAUGACAUGGAGUUCUGCCCCAAGCUGUUGACGGAGACUGAUUUGGUGUCAAUAAGCAGCGCAUCUUCCGACCGAUCCUCACUAUCCAGCAACUCGCCUAAUGCAUCCCCAACUCAGCACCCGCAGCAAGUUGCUUCCAGCUUCUCUCUUAACUCUACCUCUCCGGCUUUCAUUCCUCCUACCUUUCAACCUCAGCAGUCGACCUUAAAGUUGCACGCACCCGCUGCCACACGGGCACGCAACGCCAUCCCUAUCAUUAACCCCGCCAAUGGCCUUACCAUGUCUAGCCCGCCUCCAUCCGUUUCGCCCGCCCGAAUGCAACACAUCGGCAGACGAUGGUAG